GACAGACCUUGGGAACAGAACUCGUUCUUAAACUGGGGACUACUUGUAAAUGAAAUAAGGAAAUAGGGCACGAAUGAAUAUUUUGGGUGUCCAGAAAGCAGCAGAUUCUCUCGUGGUCCCUUCUUGACAAAACUGUAUUCUCCCUGAAGGAGCAGGUCUGCAACUUGGGGUCCUUCUAAACCAAAGUGGAAACUAUAGUUAUGGGGCAUUUGCCCAGCUUCAGCUAGUACACCAGUUACAGACCUUUUUAGAGUGGGUGGCCUUAGUGACAGUCAUUCAUUCCCUUAUUACUUCAAACUUGGACUAUUGCAACAUACUCUAUUUGAAUUUCCUCUUGAGGACUUCCUCAAAUGCAAUGGCCCAUAUGGUAGCAGGUGAGAAUCACUAUAGCAGAGCUACACCAAUUUUACAGAAGCUGCAUUAGUUACACGGGUUACUUAGGUUCAGGGUAUAUAUGGGGCCAUCUCCUCCAGAGGCAGUCUACCCAUCCUAGUUGAGCAAUCCAGAAGGAGGUGUUCUGGAUUCUUCCUCCUCAACAGAUCAGGGAGGUUGACUCCAAAAGCAAGCCUUUCUGAAUGUUGUCCUGCCCCAAUAGAACAUUCUUCUCCUGAAAUCCACAGUGCCCCAGGACUAUUUUUUCAUAGCGCGACAAAGACUUAACUCUUCAAAAUAACAUUUGGAAAUUAAGAGCUGCGGCUUGGAUUGUUUUUAACCUUCACAUUUCUUGUUUACCUAUCCCUGAAAUAGGGGUAAUGAAGGUAAUGGAAAUGACAACUAUAAGAUUAAGUCUAAACUGUAUUUUACUUUAAAGCAGCUAAAGCAGUAAAGGUCAGAGUGCUUUAACCAAGAUCUAAAGGAAGAUAUUUGCACAGAUUAGUGACUGCAUAAUAAAAGAACUAAAAGGUAGAUCAGUUUUGUCUAAGAAAUGCAGAAGAAUGAAAAUCUUACGAAGAAAUACAUGAUACAGCUUACUGAUGUAAUCACAUUUAGCAUUCCAGAGCUGUUGUCCUGGUUGAAAGAAUUGCAGAAGAGUUUCCAUAACCCUCCAACAGUUGACUAUAGUCCUCAGGAAGGACAAAUGGAGAUGUGCAUCACUACUGGGAGCCAAGAAGGGCUAUGUAAAGUGUUUGAAAUGCUUAUUAAUCCUGGAGAUAACAUUCUUUUGGAUGCACCCACCUAUCCUGGGACAUUAGCAGCUCUCAGACCACUAGGUUGUAACAUCAUCAAUGUGCCCAGUGACCAGCAUGGCAUGAUUCCAACAGCCUUGAAAGAAAUUCUUUCCAGAUGGAAUCCAGAAGAUGUAAAAAGGGUCAAGAAUGAUAUCCCAAAAUUUCUGUACACAAUUCCUAAUGGUGGCAAUCCAACUGGAGCCUCAUUGACAACAGAACGCAAGAAAGAGAUCUAUCAGCUUGCAAGGCAAUAUGAUUUCCUUAUAAUAGAAGAUGAUCCAUAUUAUUUCCUUCAGUUUAACAAGCCUUGGGCACCAACCUUUCUUUCAAUGGACAUUGAUGGGCGAGUUAUCAGGACUGACUCCUUUUCUAAGAUCCUCUCAUCUGGGCUAAGAAUUGGAUUUCUAACUGGUCCUAAGCCACUAAUUGAUAGAGUUAUUCUACAUAUACAGGUUUCCACAAUGCAUACCAGUACAUUCACCCAGCUUGUGAUAGCCCAGCUUCUUCAACAAUGGGGACUAAAGGGUUUCCUGGACCACGUAGACAGUGUGGUGGAUUUUUACAAGAAACAGCGAGAUGUGAUGCUUAACGCAGCAGACAAAUGGCUAAAAGGCCUGGCAGUCUGGCAUACCCCUGCUGCUGGAAUGUUUCUAUGGAUUAAAAUUAAGGGAGUUCCUGAUACCCAAGAACUGAUCAUGAAAAAAGCUUUGGAGAAACAAGUGUUGCUGGUUCCUGGAUGUUCAUUUAACAUUAACAGUUCCGAUCCCAGCUCUUACGUCAGAGCCUCCUUCUCUCUGUCUUCUCCAAGUCAGAUUGAUCAGGUGAGUGCAGUUUGGCUUGCCUCCCCAUCUACCAUUUGGUCAGACUCACUGUCAUUAACUCUGUUGUUAUGUGAUAGUUGAUAAGCCAUUUUCUAUUUGAUUUCCGUCUUUCCAUCUUUCUGUGAGAAACACUGAAUUUGGGCUAUCAAAUUUGGAUCUUUCAUGUACAUAACAUUACUUUUCAUGUGUGUGUUGAUUGGAUGAUUUGGUUACUUGCUGGAAAGUUUUUAAGGACUAGAAAGUUAAUUCAGGCUACAGUCUUACACAUUAUGGGAUUGGUAUAGGCAGUUAUAGGAUCCUGCUUUUAUGUAAUAUUAGAAUUAGAAAUAUGGAAUAUUUGUAUGAGUUUGUGAACACUACAUAUAUAUUUAGAUGUAUGCAUGAAAUAUUGUAGGCCUAGGAAUAUUGCCAAUAUAGUUAAUUUAGGAUUAAAACAUAAAGGUUUCUUUCCACUCAAUCUCAUGAAUAGUGCCAAUGCAUAGAAGAGUGCCUGAUUUCCCCUAAUCUAAAUGUACAAGAACAUGUACAGGCAGUACAUGGAACAUUUCAGUGCACAUUCAGUGUGGAAACCUGUUUGUAUAUGGCAUUGGAUUAUGAGAAAUGUGCAUGAUGAAUGGAAGGAAGGUUGGGUGAAGAUAUGGAACAUGUAUGUAGUUAUCUAACACCUUGGAAUUCCAACUCAAGUUUCUGCAUUUGUAUUCAAGAAAUUACAUUGGAAAGAAAGGAAGAUUGGAUAACAGAAUGUGCAGCUCUUUUACAUGCACACAUAGUGCCCCUCCUGGAGGUACUAUAAUAAGGUUCAAAACCUUAUUAUAAUAACCAUCUUUAAUACCAUUCUUAUUUAAUCUUACUUAAUAAUUACUAUAAUUAUAUACCCACCUAUCACACUAUCACUUUUGGGGAUAAGCAGUAUUAUACAAAACAUAAAAAAGGAGUACAAAAUAGUAAGCUACAGAAAUUAAAUGGAUGAGAUAAGAGAAAGGGAAAUAUAGCUAAAUCUAGUUUACAAUACCAUCACCAUUCACUAUACCUUUCCAACUGUUUGUUUUUGCAAACCAGCCUUAUUUACACAUCUGUUUACUGAUUUGUAUCAUAUUAAUAGCUGCUCUUGUUGUUGUUACAGGGUUUGCAAAGGUUGGCUGAACUCAUUAAAGAAGCUGUAUGAUUUUACUAAAUGAAAAUUCCUUAAGAAGCUAGAGGAUUUCAGGAUAAACCAACUUUUAAUAAAAUGUGUUUUUUCCAGCUGUAGAGAAUAUACUAUGAUAUGGAAUAUAUGUGAUAAAGAACGUAUAUGCUGUUUUAAAACUGUACAUUAACAUCUCAAAACAUUGUAUGAUUAUGUGCAGAAUUUACCUAUUAAUUAUGUUGCCAUGAAAACAUUACUCAAUGAGGCUGAAAUCUUUUGCCAGCAAAGUUUUUAAUACUUCAGACUUCACAGUGCUGCUGUUUUUUUGUCUGUUGUUAUUCUUCCUGAAAUUAAGCAUUAUACAUUUCAGAGUUGAGUUUCUUUGUGUUGAAUUGAUUUAAUUUCUGUCCCUUUUAAUAUUUUUCUGUAUCUUCUAAUACUCCUCAUGGUUCAUUCAGAAAUUCUCUAACUAGUGUAUGUUUUCUGUUAAUAUAUUGUUUUGACUUUUAAAGCAAACAAACUUAAAGUGGAGAAAAGUUUUCCACAAACAGAACUUGAGCUCAAGGAUUUUUACAGGGUCACAUGAAUCUUAAAGGGUCUUGGAUCAUGAAACUAAUACAGAUAUUGAACUGACAAGAAUACUGGUUCACGCUACAAAUGCUGCUUCUUAACUUUUUGUUUCUGCACAAACUUAAUUCUGGCUGUUAACAUAGAUAUGACAGAAAUUCAUAGAUGACUAAGUGAAAAUCUUCUGACCCCUGGCUUUGAAGACACAGUCUCUUUUUUCUUAAAAAUAAUAAGCUUUACAUAGAAGCAUACUUUCAAGUGAAGGAGCAGGAAAAAAUACUUUUGCAUAUAUGCAAAAUGCAUAUUUGACACAGGCUCAGCUGUGAUAUGAUCUCGAUUCAUUUUGAUAACUCUUGGGCAGGUCUUCAGCAAGAUUUCUAAACGUCUGUAAACAUUGAUUUGUUCUCAUUCUGAAUAAAA